AUUUUGGCAUAUUUUCAUGUUACCCCAUUUUCUCCCCUUUCCUUUUGCUCUUUCUUUCUUCUGUUCAUAUCGUAAUCGUAUUUCAGCUCUCUCCCCUCGAAGAAUCAGGGCAAAGCUAUGGCACUAGGGCUUGCGAUUGGGCUGAGAACCCUGUUCAUGGUGUUGGGAUGUGUAAUCACUGCCACUGUAAUCUACAUCAUUGUCACUGAUGGCCUCCCCUUCCGAAAAGAACUCCUCACCCCGUGGAUGGCAGCGACCCUGAUAGAUUUCUAUAUCAAUAUCCUAGCAAUAGGGGCGUGGAUUUUGUACAAGGAAUCAAACUGGAUCAGUGCAAUAAUUUGGAUAGCUUUGCUAGUAUGUUUGGGAAGCAUUACUACAUGUGGAUACAUUGUUUUGCAGUUCCUCAAACUAUCUCAUCAAGAAUCAUUACAAGAUCCUAUUUACUUUGUUUUGCUAAGCAAGAGGAAGAAUUCUGGAAUGGAAUCAAAGAGCAAACUAUCUGUUGCAAGUACUAGGGUUCUUUUCACUGUUUUGGGUUGUCUGAUGCUGGGAACAUUGAUUUACACUAUUGCUACGGAUGGAUCUCCAUUUCGCAAAGACCUUUUGACUCCGUGGUUGUCAGCAACACUAGUUGAUUUCUACAUUAAUGUUGUUGCUCUAUCGGUUUGGGUGGCAUACAAAGAAUCAAAUUGGAUGAAUGCAGUAUUUUGGAUCAUUUUGUUGAUUUGUUUUGGAAGCAUUAGCACUUGUGCCUACAUCGUAUUACAGCUUUUCCAUCUAUCAUCUGAAGAUCCUGUCUUCCUUGUUCUUUUCAGUAGCCGCAGCAGAAAAUGGAUAUGAAGGAACAUUACAGAGAGACAACUUCACUUUGGAUUAACCAAGUGAGAAUUUCUCAAGAAAAUUUGAUUUGCAUUCAAUAGACAAACUUGCCUUUAUACUGUAAAUCCAUCACUCAAGGGAAUACUUUAUAUAUUUGGUAAACUUUUCAAUGGCAUCUUUUAUGUUGUUUCCAAUGAAAUUUAGAUUCUUUUCUUCACAGCUUUUGGCAAUAAAUUAAACAUGCGUCGAAUGGAUUGUCACACCUUUAUGUAUACAAAUGAACUUAUUGUGUGUGUUCUGUA